AUGUGUUCUAUGGAUGGCCCCUUUCCUCUCAGGGGUGGCUAUAGCUCCGAAGCCUGGUCUUAUAUCACAGCUUUAGAUACCCACAUCAAAGACCCUAAAAUUAGGCUUCGUGUAGAGCAGCAUGGUGAUCUAGAAUCAUUGGAAUUCUGGCUCGGUUUGCCCGAAGGUUCCAAGGCUCUAGCCUUCAACCUUCAUAACACCAAAUGUCCAAUGAGCGAGACCAUCGUGAUCUGCCACAGCGAGCCGGGUGCUUGGUACCCACCACUGUUCGACACAUUCCCCUGCCCGCCCACGGGCUACGAGGAACCGGUGUUUGUCGUCGGCCGGACCAUGUUCGAGACCGACCGGGUGAGUCCCGGGCAUGUCAGGCGCUGUAAUCGUAUGGAUGCCGUCUGGGUGCCUACCGAAUUCCACGUAUCCACAUUUGUCCAAAGUGGUGUCGAUCCUGCCAAGGUUGUCAAGAUGAUCCAGCCGGUCGACGUCGAGUUCUUCGACCCAUCGAAGCAUGAGGCGUUGGUUCUCCCUACCGGAGCGCCGGUGUUCGGCUCGCAUGCAGCGAGCAUGAAUUCGAAUUCUGGUGGUAAGGAGAAAGAGUUUGUUUUCCUGAGCAUCUUUAAGUGGGAGCAGAGAAAAGGAUGGGAUGUGCUGCUGAAAGCUUAUAUGGAGGAAUUCUCCAAGUCGGAUGGGGUUGCCUUGUAUCUACUGAUUAGUGCCUACCAUUCUGGCAGAGAUUUCGGCAGCAGGAUUGUCGAGUUCGUGAAGGGGAGUGGUGUAAAGGAGCCGGGUGAUGGAUGGGCUGCGGUUCAUGUUAUUGAUUUCCAUGUACCGCAGGCUGAUCUGCCGAGGUUAUACAAGGCGGCUGAUGCGUUUGUUCUUCCGUCGAGAGGCGAAGGUUGGGGGAGGCCCAUCGUGGAGGCCAUGGCGAUGGCGUUGCCGGUGAUUGCCACGAAUUGGUCUGGCCCGACGGAGUACUUGACGGAGGAGAAUGGGUAUCCUUUGCCUGUGGAUCGGAUGAGCGGGGUGAGGGAAGGGCCAUUCGAGGGUCACCUCUGGGCCGAGCCCUCGGUCGAACAGUUGAGGGUUUUGAUGAGGCGCGUCGCGAGCAAUCCCGGAGAGGGCAGGAGGAAAGGGAGGAGGGCCAGGCAAGACAUGAUGGAGAGAUUCUCACCGAAGAUUGUCGCAAGACUCGUCGCAGAUCAGGUUCUGAAGAUAUGGAGGAAUCAUAGUCGAAUACGGGAAAGCGACCUGAAACAUUAAGCCUUCGUCUGGUCACAUUAAUUUAUUUACUCUGGGGAUCAAUUUAUGUUGAAAGUUGCUAGACGCAUUUAUGGUUAGUCUGGUUGCUUCCAAAUCAAUGGGAACGUUGAGUGUUUUCUACGUCCCAUGCUGUUUGUUGGGUCCGAGUGAGAUGCGUUUUGUUGUUUUCUUUCUUUUCUGGAGAAGGUUGUUUUAACCUGUUGCAUGCUAGCUUCUGUGAAAUUAUGAAUUGUCUCAAAAAUAA